AUGCCCUGCGUCCAGCUGCCACUGCUGCUGCUCUGCCUCACCUUACGUGGGGCCUGCCUCACCCGGGGGCAGCCCCUUCCAGGGGGAAGCGACAGCACGGAAAGAAGCCCCUUGGAUGACAACCUGCAGCAGGCAGGAAGCCUCAUCCUUCAGUCUGUCCUCAAAAAGUCUGAGGAAGAAAAGAUCAACAAAGAAUCCAACGCCCCUCUGCCAGAAUGGCUUUCCAAAAGACAACACCCUGGAAAGAGGUACCUAAGUGACCUGGAAAAGAGACAACAUCCUGGGAAGAGAGAGGAUGAGGAAGAAUUGUCUUAUGGAGACAUUCAGAAGAGACAGCAUCCAGGGAAAAGAGAGGAAGAAGACAACCUUGACAGUUACCUGGAGCUGAAAAAGCGACAGCAUCCUGGCAGAAGGUCACUGUGGGACCAGCAUGCUGACAUUCCUAGUGCACCGCUAACCUACUUGAAUGAGUUAUCCAAGAGACAGCAUCCAGGCAAAAGGUAUCUGACAUACAAGCUUCAGCAUCCUGGCAGCGGAGGCUGGAAUGAUGAGCGAGACCUAAGGGACCAGCAUGCGCAGAAACGCCAGCACCCUGGGAAAAGGUACUGGGAUUCUAGAAGCCCAGAUUAUGCAGCCCCCUGCGACUUUCAGGAGUCCUUCAGCUGUAACGAAGGCAGCUUAUUGCUUGAUUUAGUAGAAAAUGUCAGCAAAGGCAGGGUAGAAGAAAAACAUCAGCACCCAGGAGGGAGAUUAGCAUGGGAGAGUGAAGCAGAGGAAUGAGAAAGUAAUUGAGCACAUGUGAAGUGAACUGCCAGAGCACUAAAAAAUUCCAUUCACCCCCUUUCAGCUCCCCACUCCUGACCUGCUGCACCUGUCUUUAAGUAUGAGUGUUCCCACUGAAGUUAAUGGCUUUGUCACACGCUUAAAGGAAAGGAACUGAAGGUCCCAUCUGAAUGGGCCAGGCAAGUGCUGAGGGUCUUCUUCCCUGCUUUGGGAAGUUAGGAGUGCUCAGUUACUUUCGGACCAGACCUCGAGAUGAUCCCGCUAUGUGUGUCCAAGGUUCUGUUCCCAAAGGACUAAAACAGACUCUUUAAUAUUUGUGCAGAUGCUACUAAAGCAGGAUAAUUAUCUGGUUUCCCCUUAUGUCAGUGAAAUUAGUCAAUGAAUAGUAGGGAGAAAAACGAACAACGUAUGCCAGUGAUUUCAAAAUGAAACUCAACAGGUUUUCACUUCCAAACGAUACAUUAACGAGACACCUACCCCUGUGCACUACAGUCUGUCCAGAUAACUAGUACUAAACAGAUACAGGGACUCUGUCCAACCUGAAGAGAUCACGUUUGGUUUCAUACUUUGAGCUGGAACUGCCACAAAAACACAUUUCACUUAGGAGGCUGCAGAGCACAAAGGGUUAAUGCAUCCCAGAACAACUAAACCACCAGUUGGGAACCCAACGGCAUACGCUCCCUACUAUACACCCAUCCUGGUGCAUGCACAUUUCAGUCAUUCUAUCUGAAAUCAUGCUGUUGUCUUCUUAGGUAUUUAAAAUUGCAACAAGCAAACAUCCUUUUCCUCUGAUAAAGAUUUCUGAUCUAUCCCCUCUCAAAUGAAUGCUUUUCCUUUCCGUGGUCAGAU